AUGUGUGUGUGUGUGUGUAAGUGCUUGUGUAAUAUUGUGUAACUGCUUAAAUCCUAAAAGUCAUGGAUAAUCAAGCCUAUAUCAUUGACUGUGAACACAAUCGUGGCAAACGAUUGGAGGAGGAAAAAUGUAAACCGUUGCCACAUAACUUCGAGGAGGCCAUCACAUUGACGGGCGUCGGAUGGUUCCAUUACAAGCUGCUGCUGAUCUGUGGCCUGUGUUUCAUGGCAGUUAUGGUCGAAAUAAUGGGCGUCAGUUUGAUUAUGAAUCAAAUGGAAUGCGAUCUGAAGCCAACACUCGAACAGCAGGGAAUUCUGGCAUCGGCUGGAUUCCUUGGUGUAGUCCUUAGCUCGCAUGCAAUGGGUUUCCUAGCCGACACCUGGGGACGUGUAGUGACUCUACGUUAUGCCGUUGUCCUAAGUGUCAUCUGUUCGACCAUUUCCGGUUUCUCUGUCAACAUUUGGAUGCUGAUUGUGUUCCGUUUCAUGACGGGAUUCUUCAUAUCGGGCUGUCAGGCGUGUGUCUUCAGUCUGUGCGGUGAGUUCCAUGGCAAUGGCUCUCGUGUGCGUCAUGUGACCCUGUUAUCUGGUUUCAUGUGCGUGGCCAUGAUGUUUGCACCAUCCAUGGCCAUUGGCAUUCUGCCACUGCAGAUUCACAUGUUCGGCAUGCAUAUCUCAUCGUGGCGAAUUCUGCUAAUUGGCGAUGUAUCCGUCUCGGUGUUGGCUCUGGUCGGUCUUUUCAUUAUACCCGAGACACCGAAGUAUGACCUUAUCCAGGGCAAAGAUGAAUUGGCAUUGGAAACGAUGCGUAAAAUGUUUGCCCAAAACACUGGCCGUCCAAGCUCUGAGUUUCCAGUGCAUCGUUUGAUCCUACAAAGUGGCAAAAGCGGCGCCAGUCUAUCCAAUGUUCAUGGUUUCUGCGAUGCAGUGCGUCUUAUCUGGAGUCAGACAGUGCCAUUGUUUUAUCGUUCACGCGUAUUCCAUACCCUCAACAUUUGUCUCAUUCAGUUCCUUAUCUAUGGCAUGGCCCAGGGCAUAUUUAUGUGGUUUCCCACAAUUCUCGAUGUGAUGGGUUCCCGGGAGAAUGGCGACAGUUUGAUGUGUACAGUGCUUCAAUCUUUGCCGCCAGCGAAUACAACUGAUGUGGUGGGCAUGGAGCAUGAGGAGAUCUGUCAUAUAGAUGUCGAUGUCAGUACCUAUGAGUUGAUGGUCACCAUUGGCGGUUGCUUUACUGUAAUCUUUGUGAUAUUUGCCUACACAAUUGAUUAUAUUGGCAAAAGGAAUCUGAUAAUGGGCUGGAUGGCAUUAACAAUUAUUUCCCUAGUGGCUCUGCAUUGGGUGCAAAUAUUCGUUUUGGUUGUCAUUUGCCUAACCGUCACAAUGGCCAUUGGCAAUUGCGGUGGAUUGGUUAGCACCGUUGCCAUGGAAUUCUAUCCCACCAAUAUUAAUGCCAUGGGCAUGUGUUUCAUCAUGAUGGUGGGUCGUCUGGGUGCUGUUGUUGGUAGCAAUGUGCUCGGCCGUCUGUUCUUUAGCAAUUGUGAUACUGUCCUGUGGGCCUUGCUCGCCCUUGUGAUACUUAUGUCAGUCAUGGCGUUCUUUUUGCCAGAGCAACGCCGAAAAUUGAGUAGUCUAUCAACAGAAUUACCAGUGUCAGCAGCUGUGACAGCGCCAACCACACCGAUUCUGUCAGUUCUAAGUAGUUCUAAGUAGUUAAUAUACAAAAACAAAAUAUAUAAGAGAAAAUAAGAAAACCAAAA